CGCCGCCGCCUGUCCCUCAACAAGCUCCUCCGCCGAUGAAGUCUUCUCCUCCGCCUUUCGUCCCCGCGCAAGUCCCCGUCCUGGAGCACCCGCUGCCGGGGAACAUGUUCGACACCAUGACGCAUUUCACCCAACCCAUCAUGCAUCUUCCUCAACCGGAGAUGCCGCCCCAUCUCCCCCAACCGCCCGAGCACAGCACUCCUCCCCACCUCAACCAGCAUGCCGUGGUGUCUCCUCCAGGUCACUUGAGGGAAGCCCCUUCCCCUCUCAUGAUGCAUUCCCCACAGAUGCCGCAGUUCCAGGGUUUGGUCCACCAGUCGCCACCUCAACAAACUAUCCAGCCAAAAAAACAGGAGAUGAGAGCCGCCUCCGUCGUCCAAUCUCAACCCAUGGUGGUGAAGGACGAGAAGAUGCAUUCGCCUGUCAUCCGUAACGAGACCUUCAGUCCCCCCUUGCGGCAAGAUCCGCCGAAGCACCCGGAGAGCAUCAAACCACCCGCGCACAUCCCGCAACGGACGGAGAUGAAACCCAUGGAGGGGGGACGACCCGUCAUCAGACCCCCAGAGCAAAACCCCCCGCCUCCGGGAGUUCAGGAGAAAGAUCGGCAGAAACAGGAACCGAAAACACCCGUCGCCCCAAAAAAGGACCUGAAAAUCAAGAACAUGGGUUCCUGGGCGAGCUUGGUCCAGAAGCAUCCCACCACUCCGUCCUCCACGGCGAAGUCCUCCAGCGACAGCUUCGAGCAGUUCAAGAGGGCGGCGCGGGAGAAGGAGGAGCGGGAGAAGGCGCUGAAGGCUCAGGCAGAGCAGGUGGAGAGGGAGAAGGAGCGGCUGAGGCGGGAGCAGGAGAGGAUGAGGUGAGACCAACACCAGCACCACCACCAACCACCAGCACC